AUGUUCCUGGCUACUUUAGGAUUUAAAACAGAUACAAUUUUUAAAACGGUACUUGCUGCAUGCACGGAUAGUGAGAGUAAUAAAGUAGUAACACCAAAUGCCGAUAAAAGGGGCAAGCAUCCAAAUCAUCAUAAGAAAAACCUAGAUUUACUUGAAUCUCACAUACUUUCGUUUAAGCCUAGACUUUCACACUAUAGGAGAUACUACGCUUCGAAUAGAAUAUAUCUACCGUAUGAUCUUAGCAUAAACCUAAAACAUCCCAAUCACAAAAUAGUUAACGAAACCUACAGACAAGUGGUUAAUUCAAUGAAUAUUGGUUUUACUGAAGAUUCACCAGAAAAAUGUGGGACCUAUGUGGAGUAUAAAGUGAUGAAUCCAACACCAGAAAAUGUUUUGUUGAAAAACAUGCAUCUUUUAAAAGUAAACUCUAUUUUAGUUUUUAUCAUGUAUCUACUUAUAAAGGUAGGCACAUACUACUCGCAUCACACGAAAGCGACGGAUCGCAUUUUUAGUGCCAUGUUAUCUUAA